CUCUUGUCUGCCUUCCUCGUUGACCAACACUUUUAUAUUGUCAUCAUCAACCACACCCUCUCUCUCACAGUUAUCAAUAUUCUGCUGUACUUUCUCAAUCAUUAGCAAACAAGGAACACAAACUGCACAGAUCCACACAGAACACAGGAACUCACAGGUUUUUGAUCAUGGAGAAAGAAUCCAAUCCACCUCCAUAUCCUGGUCCUCAGGCACAACAACCAGGCAUGAACUACCCUGGACAGCCGGCAGCCUACCCACCUCAAGCAGGUCCAUCGGUUUCGCAUUACCCUCCACCACCUGCAUAUGGUUUUGGCGGUACACCCAACACAGUCCAGCCCACCACCGUCCCUGUAGUUACACAGGUGGUAAUGUUGACUAAUCUCACCGAUGUACCGAGUCACAUUACCUGUCCGCAUUGCCUGCAAGGUGUCGUCACAGAAACCGAACACCUGAGUGGUUUGCUCACCUGGUUAAUCUGCGGAACUCUUGCUGUUUUUGUGUGCUGGCCAUGUUGUUGCAUUCCGUUCUGUGUGGAUGGAUGUAAGGAUGUGCAACAUAGCUGUCCAAACUGCAAGAGAGUCAUUCACAUUUACAAACGCAUGUAGCAUUCCCUGCACGAGAGCACCUGAAGAAACACCAAAGACUUUAGGGGAUGCCAUUGGAACUGAAUGGAGUUUCCAAGACAUCCCACCUUAUUACAACAUGUGGUUGAUGCAGUUGAAAGCCAUGUAAAGAAUGUCAGUAUCUUUAUUGUAUAUACUAUAACAAAGCUGAUUAACGUCUUAAUGUGAACUUUAAGGGGAUUUCUCCAAUCCUAGUUUAAAAUGCAAAGACAGCUAUGAGUAAGUCAUUCGUAGAUUAAUUUUCUUGAAAACUGCACUGUGUCUAUGUGGCGCUAUAAAAAUGCAUUGUUUGUUUUGAACAUCCCAUCCCACCUGACACAACAACACUGACCCAAUCCAAUAGCGUGAGUUUGGGGCGGGACUAUCUGUUAGUUUGACCAAUGGGAGAUGAAGGGUGCGUUCAGAAAGCUUUCCUGAAAACAAUGUUUAUUUUUGCAAUUCUACACAGAAAUUACACACUUCAGCUUCAUCUUUACUUUUAUUGAAAAACCUCUUUCAUUUUUUUAUACUUCAUAUGGCAGUUUAUGAGAUUAAAAUUGUCCAGUCAUGUAGAAUUGAAGCAUAAUUUAAAUAAUGCUUCAAAAAAAACUCCAACAUGUGUAGAUCUGUGAAAUUGUUUAAUUGAUAUUUUUUACAAUCUAUAUGUGAAUAAAAUAGAUUUUGUUUUAGCUCUA